AUGAGGACUGAUGUGGUGGACCUAUGCGCAUUGUUGAUACCUUGUGCGCAGGCGGUGGCUGCGGGCAGUGUCAUGACAGCGCAGGAGCUACUGAAGCAGAUAAAGCAGAAUGCGUCAUCAACAGGGGAUGACACACAACGGCUAGCUCAAUGUUUCUCCAAGGGGCUGGAGGCACGUCUAGCAGGAACAGGGAGCCAGCUUUGGCAAUUGCUGACGGCAGAGGGGCCCUUGGUCAUAAAGUACCUAAAGGCCUACAAGCUUUACAUGGCAGCCUGCUGUUUCAACAGGGUGGCCCUCUUUUUUAACAUUAUGACCAUUGAGCAUGCCAUGGCUGGGAAGAGCAAGCUUCACAUUGUAGACUACGGUCCCCAUCAUGGAUUCCAGUGGGUAGGCUUGCUCCGCUGGAUGGCGAAUAGAAAAGGUGGCCCACCAGAGGUGAAGAUAACUGCUAUAAGCCGCCUCCAGCCCAGGUCCUGUCCAUCUGAGGGUAUUGAGGAUACAGGGCACCGGCUUGGCAAGUGUGCACGUGAGUUUGGUGUGCCAUUCAAGUACCAUUCCAUCACCGCAAGGUGGGAAACAAUUUGCACCGACUUCUUCAAAACUGAUGCUGAUGAGGUGCUUGUCGUGACUGACCUCUUUGAUUUCGGUAUCUUGAUGGAUGAGAGUAUCUACUUAGAUAGGCUGAGCCCCCGGGAUACUGUCCUCAAUAACAUCAGGAAUAUGCGACCUGAUGUCUUCAUCCAGGGUGUUGUCAAUAGCUCAUAUGGCACCUCCUUCUUAGCACGUUUUCGGGAGGCUCUGUUCUAUUAUAGUGCGCUUUUUGACAUGCUCGAUGCAACCAUCCCGAGGAAGUGUAAACUGCGGUCGGUGCUGGAACAGAGCAUGUUGGGGCACUCUGUGCUGAAUGUCAUUGCCUGUGAGGGUGUGGACCUGGUGAACCAUCCUGAGAAGUAUGGACAGUGGCAGGUGAGGAACCAGCGGGCAGGCCUGAGGCAGCUGCCACUGAAACCAAACAUAGUUAAGGUACUGAAAGAGAAGGUGAUGAAGGACCAUCAUAAAGGCUUCUUUGUCGGCGAGGAUGGCCGGUGGUUGCUGCAAGGGUGGAAGGGGCGCAUCCUCUAUGCCCACUCUACAUGGGUUGCAGAAGACGCCAUUUCUGAAUGA